GUGGCAGGGGAAGGAUACUGCAAAAUCUCCAUUCCCUCCCCACUCCUGGGAGAAGGGUAUUGCAAAAUCUCCAUUCCCACCCCACCCUUGGCCAGCCAGAGGCAGUAUUUGCCGGUUCUCCAAACUACUCAAAAUGUCCACUACCAGUUCUCCAGAAUCUGACAGAACCUGCUGGAUUUCACCCCUGAUUUUAACGUUUGAUCUUCAUAGGUUCCUGAGAAACUUCCAACAUCACAAUAUUUCCAAUGAUGGGAUUUCUUUUGAUGAAAAUGGAGUUCCUGUUAGUGACUUUGAUAUCAUGCAGUGGACAUCAGUUUUUAACAAAUCACAUGCGGGGAUGAAAAUUGGGAAUGUAGAAAGACAAGCCUCCUCGGAAGUCAAGAUUUCUGUCAAUCAAAGUGCCAUCCAAUGGCCAACUUCAUUUAACAAAAUGGUGCCUUAUUCAAGAUGUACAGAAAGUUGCUCCCCAGGUUAUGCCAAGCUUGUGAGAGAGGAAGCACCAGUUUGCUGCUAUGACUGUUCUCUGUGUAUAGAAGGAACAUUCUCUGAGCAAGAAGAUGCAGCCCAUUGUGAAAAGUGUCCAGAUGACCAGUAUUCCAAUAAGAAGCGAGAUCAGUGUGUCCCCAAAAAUAUAAGCUUCUUAUCCUAUCAAGAAUUGUUGGGACUCAUCCUGGCUUUCUUUGCCAUCACUUUGUCCCUAACCACCGCCUUUAUUCUGGGAAUCUUCAUGAAAUACCGAGACACUCCCAUAGUCAAAGCCAACAACUGUGAACUCACCUACAUCCUCCUGGUUUCGCUCCUGCUUUCUUUCUUGACCUCCCUUCUAUUCAUCGGUCGCCCCGUGAAAAUGACCUGUCUCCUUCGACAAACCAUUUUCAGUGUUGUUUUCUCAGUUGCUGUGUCUUCCUUGCUGGCCAAGACUGUCAUGGUGGUGGUGGCCUUUCUGGCCACAAAGCCAGGCAGCAGCAUGAGGAAAUGGCUGGGGAAGAGUCUGGCCAACUCUAUUGUUUUAUCCUGCUCUGGUAUUCAAGUAGGCCUCUGUAUGAUGUGGCUGGGAGUCUUUCCCCCAUUCCCAGAUUCUGACUUUCAUUCCCAACCAGAACACAUCCUGCUGCAGUGCAAUGAAGGCUCUGUCACCAUGUUCUACUCUGCUCUUGGCUACAUGGGUUUUUUGGCUGCCAUCUGUUUCUUGGUGGCAUUUCUGGCUCGAAAUCUGCCAGGGGCCUUUAAUGAAGCCAAACUGAUCACCUUCAGCAUGUUGGUUUUUUGUAGCGUUUGGAUCUCCUUUGUUCCCACUUAUCUGAGCACCAAGGGGAAAUACAUGGUCGCCGUGCAGAUCUUCUCCAUCCUGGCCUCUGGCCUGGGUUUACUGGGCUGCAUCUUUAUCCCCAAAUGCUACAUUAUUAUCAUCAGACCUGACAUGAACACCAAAGAACAUCUGAUGAUAAAAAAUCAUUAAGUCUCCUUUUGUUGGUGUUUAUUUUUCUAAAGUUUUCAUGCAGCAUAAAAUCACAUACUUUGAAGUAAUGUUUUAAUUGUUGUCGCUUAUCUUUCUUCAUUCCAUGUGAAUUUUGAAUUAUAAUAAUUGAGUAGUAAAGUUGCUAAAACUACUCAAAUUAUUUGAAAUAAUCAUAUCUUUUAAUUGUCCUAAUCUGAGUUCAUAUUAUGACAUUAAUAAAAUUUCUGAAACUGUUACCACAGAUGUUCUGAUAUGGUUUUAGAUUAAAUUAAAAAUUAUGUCUAAUGAUGAAGUGCGUUUUUAUUACUAUAUAGGUUGGUGUGCUGGAGUUAUAUGU